GCGACGCCAGCGUCACCUGUUCACUGCUUCACAUCGGAUUUCCAGUUUUCCACAGUCCGCGAGAACGCGUCGCGUGGUCGCGUCCCUUCCCUAGCGCGGGAAUAACAUUAUCUGUGCGUGUAAUCAACUGUCAAAUUGUCAAUUAUUAUACACUUCAAAUUUUGUUUUUCGAAUUCUAUAGUUAAAAAAACAGUUUGUUCCGAGUUCCGAGUGAUUUUCACAGGAUCAAAGUUAACUUACAGCUAAGGGUUUGAAUAUGGACAACUGCUGAACGGUGCGAGAUCGAGGUGUGGCGCUAAACUCAACCUUACAGGAUGACCAAAAAGUUCGAAUUCAACUGGCAGAUCCCCGUCCCGGAACCGCUGCUGCAAGGCGCGGUGUUCGACCGAUGGACGGAGGAGAAGGACAACACAGAACUUGAGCAGAACUGCCUCUUCAAGGUCGACGAGUACGGCUUCUUUAUCUACUGGAAGAGCGAAGGCAAGGAUGGUGACGUCAUCGAACUUUGUCAAGUCAGCGACGUGAGAUCUGGGGGAGUGCCUAAGCCGGAAUCAAAAUUGAGCACAAAUCUAUUCAACAAGCAUGGAGAGACAUUGGAAGAUAAGUCGUUGACGAUCUGCAGUGGUACAGACUAUAUAAACAUUAAUUACCAGCAUGUUGUGUGUCCUGAUGCUGCUACGGCUAAGGUAUGGCUUGACGGCCUGAGAAAAAUCACCCACAAUGUGAAAGCGAACAAUGUGUGCCCGAUGACAUGCCUCAAGAAACAUUGGAUGCGGCUUUGCUUCCUGACGGACCCGCGCGGCAAGGUUCCAGUUAAAGUGGUGGCUCGUACAUUCGCUUCGGGCAAGACGGAGAAAUUGGUCUACCAGUGUUUGUCGGAGCUAGGCCUGCCCUCCGGCAAGAACGAGGCUAUGGAGAAGGAAGCUUUCACCUUCGAUAAGUUCUACGCAUUAUAUCAUAAAAUCUGUCCCAGGAAUGAUAUCGAAGAAUUGUUCAGAUCUAUUACUCAAGGUAAAUCGGAUACCAUCAAUUUGGACCAGUUCGUGAAUUUCUUGAACGAGAAACAACGCGACCCGCGACUUAACGAGAUCCUGUACCCGCUGUAUGACGACAAACGUGCGUUGGAAAUCAUCACUGAUUACGAGCAGAACGAGGAGGCAAAGAAUGCUAAAUGUCUGACGAAGGACGGCCUGAUCCGCUACCUGAUGUCCGACGAGAACGCGCCAGUGUUCCUGGACCGCCUGGACACGUACAUGGACAUGGACCAGCCGCUGGCGCACUACUACAUCAACUCCUCGCACAACACCUACCUCUCCGGCCGCCAGUUCGGCGGCAAGAGCUCCGUCGAGAUGUACCGACAGGUCCUUCUAGCAGGAUGCCGUUGCGUGGAACUGGAUUGCUGGGAUGGUAAAGGCGAAGACGAGGAGCCAAUCAUAACCCACGGCAUGGCGAUGUGUACCGAUAUCUUAUUCCGUGACGUCAUCUACGCGCUGCGCGACACCGCCUUCGUGACGUCAGACUGCCCCGUCAUCCUCUCCUUCGAGAACCACUGCUGCAAGGCGCAGCAGUACAAACUCGCCAAGUACUGCGACGAGAUCCUAGGAGACCUGCUGCUGAAGGAGCCUCUGCCUGAACACCCGUUGGAGCCUGGCCAGCCGUUGCCGCCACCUUCAAUGCUCAAGAGGAAGAUCAUGAUCAAGAACAAACGGCUGAAGCCGGAAGUGGAGAAGCAGGAGCUUGAACUCUUCAGACAGGGACAGUUCGUUAUAGAAGACGAGGUGAAAGAAGAUGCGUCUGCUGUAGUGGUGCCGGAGAAGAAGCCGGAGGAGGUGGUGGCGGAGGCGGCCGCUGGGGGGGAUGAAGCACCCCCGCCUGUAGCCUACACCGGCUCCACCACCAACGUGCACCCCUGGCUCUCCUCCAUGGUCAACUACGCACAGCCCAUCAAGUUCCAGGGCUUCGAGGAGGCUGAGAAGAAGAAUAUCUACCACAACAUGUCAUCGUUCGCGGAGACCACCGGCAUGAACUACCUGAAGUCGCAGGCCAUCGACUUCGUGAACUACAACAAGCGGCAGAUGUCCCGCAUCUACCCCAAGGGCACGCGCGCUGACUCCUCCAACUACAUGCCGCAGGUGAUAGCGGGUCAGUUCUUAUCAGACAAGAAGGUGGGCACGUACGUGGAGGUGGACAUGUACGGUCUACCUUCAGACACCAUCAGGAAGGAGUUCCGCACGCGCAUGGUGCCCGCCAACGGACUCAACCCCGUCUACAAUGAGGAGCCCUUCCUCUUCCGUAAGGUGGUGCUGCCGGACCUGGCGGUGCUGCGGUUCGGCGUGUACGACGAGAGCGGCAAGCUGCUGGGGCAGCGCAUCCUGCCGCUGGACGGGCUGCAGGCGGGCUACCGCCACAUCUCGCUGCGCACGGAGGCCAACUUCCCCAUGUCGCUGCCCAUGCUCUUCGCCAACAUCGACCUCAAGAUAUACGUGCCUGAUGGGUUCGAAGACUUCAUGGCGGCGCUGUCGGACCCGCGCGCCUUCAUGGGCGCGGCCAAGGAGCGCACAGACAACAUGAAGGCCAUGGGCAUCGAGGAGAGCGCGCCCGAGAAGAAGGUCACCAUCGAGGAGAAGAAAGAAGAGCCGCCGUUAGUAUUCGAGCCGAUCACGGUGGAGUCGCUGCGCCAGGAGAAGGGAUUCCUGAAGACGGGCCGCAAGCAGCAGAAGGAGCUGGAGACGAUGCGGAAACGACACGCCAAGGAGAAGAUGGCCAUGCAGAAGCAGCAGUGCGCCGCGCUAGAGAAGAUGAUUAAAGGAAAGAAGUAAGACUUGAUCAUAUUAGGCAAGGAGGUCGCCAACGACAAGACCCUCAAGACCAAGCAGGAGAAGGACCGCAGACUGCGAGAGAAGAAGCAGAACAACACCAAGAAGUUCAUGGACGAGCGGAAGACUCAACUAAUAAAGCAUUCUCGUGAGAAGGAGAAACUGAAGGGAACACACGACAAACAACUCGAAGAACUCUCCAAAGAUGUAGAUAAUCUGAUCGAGAUGUACAAGAUGGAGGAGUCGGAGUUCGAGAUGGCCAGCAAGACGGAGUUCCUCGCAUGAAAGUACCCGCACCUCGCCCCGCUGCUGCGACAGCUGCCCGGCUAGUGCGGUAUAUCGUACUGUGUCGUACAGUACAGUAAAGUACAAUACCGUAGAGUACAGUACAAUACCGUAAAGUACAGUACAGCACCUAUAGUACAGUAGAAUACCAUAUAGUACAGUACAAUGCCGCAGAGUACAGUACAGUAACGUAACGUACUAUACGGUACUGUACUGUACCGUGUAGUACUGUGUCGUACAUUUCUGUAUUAUGACGAACUAUGUAUGAAUGUAUGUACUAUGUAUGUACUAUACGUGACAUACUGCACGGUACUAUACCGUACUGUACCGUAGUACGGUAUUGUACACGUCGUAUAGUACUGUUCGCAAUAGUACGGGACUACGACACAAUACCGUACUGUGAUAUAGUACUAUACAGUGGUACAGUCCCGUACAAUGACGUACUAUGUAGUGCGGUAUUGUUCUUUACAGUGAAGUACAAUGCCGCACAGUAGUACAGAGCAAGGUACAGUGCGACACAGUACAAUGCGGUACAGUGUCGUUAAGUGCGGGGAAGUGACACAAUGAUCUCUAAACAAACUAUACGUGUUUUAGUGUUAAUUAGUUCUAAGUUUUCAGCCUGCAUUAAUAAGUAGAUAUAACUUAGUACAAAAUUUUUCUAGAUAUCAAUAGAGAAAAAAAUUAUUUUAUGCUAUAGAAGUAACUUUUUUUGUGUUUUUUUAAUGAAAAAAAUGAGUCUUCAAUAAACAUACGGUUACUCUUAGUAAAAUUAUCAAAAUAGUUAAUUUUUUAUUGCAGGCUGAUUUAGGCUAAGUAAUUUAAGUAUAAAAGAGUUUCCAUAAGAAACCUGUAUGGAAACAUUGUAAUCUCGCUCAUUUACAACAGAUUUCGUAGUUUCAUCAGUGUAAACCUACGGUUACCUUGAAUCCUCAACACUAUUAGUAUU